UCAAGUUAAUGCGGUAGCAGCAGUACAAGGUUUAUCGCUUCGAGUGGCACAUUGCUGGGGUCUAAGGAGUUGCCUCAUUUCUCGUUUCAUUUUACUCUACUCACCCAAACCGAUAAGACCACUCCGUCGAGCUAAGCCAGCGGCAGCAGCGUUCACUGAAAUGGAAUAUUUCUUCAGUCGCCGUCGGCUAACCGUUUUUAUCAUAUGUGUUUUACUGAAUUUGGACGUAAACAAGGCUACCUGUGGAUUUGAGUCAUGUCCUGCCACAAAGCCAAAUAUGAUCAAUGUCCACUUGGUGCCGCACUCCCACGACGACGUCGGAUGGCUAAAAACAGUGGAACAGUAUUACUACGGAAGCCACAAUAAUAUCCAGCAUGCCGGAGUCCAAUACAUUCUGGAUACAGUAAUUGAGGAGCUGCUGAAGGACUCCAGUCGACGAUUCAUACAAGUUGAGACAUUCUUUUUUGCGAAAUGGUACUCCGAGCAAACUGAGAUCGUUCAGAGAUGUGUGAAGAAAUUGGUGGCCGAAGGACGCUUGGAGUUCGCCGGAGGAGCUUGGAGCAUGAACGAUGAGGCGGCCGUGCAUUACCAAAGUGUGAUAGAUCAGUUUAAUCUGGGUCUUAAGUACCUAAAAGACAUCUUUGGGGAUUGUGGACGUCCCACAAUUGGCUGGCAGAUUGAUCCCUUUGGUCACUCCCGGGAAAUGGCCUCGAUAUUCGCCCAAAUGGGUUAUAAUGGGGAGUUCUUUGCGCGUAUGGAUUUUAUGGAUAAGAAGAAGCGCCUGAGUGAUCUGGAGAUGGAAAUGAUUUGGAAAUCAAGUGAAUAUUCGAAGAAUCCCAACAUCUUUACCGGCUUGCUCUACAAUCACUACUCAGCCCCUCCGGGCUUCUGCUUUGAUAUUAACUGUGGUGAUGAUCCCAUUAUCGAUGGCGAAAGCUUUGACAAUAACGUUAACAAGAGAGUCAACGACUUUAUAGACUACAUUAAGACCAUGGCCAAGUCGUUUCGAGCUAAUCACAUAAUGGUGCCCAUGGGAGAUGACUUUCAGUUCUCGCAGGCGGCAGUUAAUUUCAAGAACAUGGAUAAACUUAUCAAGUACGUCAACGCCCGCCAGCUGGAGGGAUCUCAGAUGAAUGUCUUUUACUCAACCCCCUCCUGUUAUCUCUACGAGUUGCAUCAGCUGCAGCAAACGUGGCCGAACAAGACCCAGGACUUUUUUCCCUACUCCAGUGACGCACACUCCUAUUGGACGGGCUACUUCACAUCAAGGCCCACACAGAAAGGCUUUCACCGCAUAGGCAAUCACUUUUUGCAGGUGGUGAAACAGCUCGGUGUCUUGGCCAACUUGACCAGCGAGCAGCAUUUGGCAGAUCUCGAGACUUUAAACAAGGCUAUGGGUAUCAUGCAGCACCACGAUGCAGUCACUGGGACUGAGAAGCAAGCGGUUGCCUCCGACUACGAUCGAGUGCUAUAUGAUGCCAUAAUUGGUGCCGAGAAUAAUACUCGCGAUGCACUUCGAUCUCUGACUAAUUUAACCUCUGGAGAGUUUGUCAGUUGCCUAAAGCUCAAUAUAAGUGUCUGCGAGUUUACCCAGAAGACACUUAACAAUGUGAUUGUAACUCUAGUGAAUCCAUUGGGACAUACAACGACGCAAUAUGUGAGGAUUCCAGCAAAGAAUGAAAACUAUUUAGUAACCGAUGAAAAAGGUCACGAAAUACCCUCAGAAGUGGUCCCUGUUCCCUGGCAAGUCUUGGCCCUUCAACAUCGUCCCAAUGAUACGCGGUAUGAGUUGGUUUUUAAAGCCAAUGUUGAGAAACUGGCCAACUUCUACAUAAGAGUGCUACCUUAUCCUAGAACUGAAUACCAUGAUUACUUCUCCAUAACCAAAGAUGUCUAUAACUAUCCCGAAGCUGAAGAUGAAAACACCGAAUUAAUUGUACAGAACUCGCUUAUAAAACUGGUAUUUGACACAGCUAAGGGCGGCCUGAAAGCCAUUGAAAUGAAUGGAGUUACAGAAAAUAUUCAGCAACACUUUGGCAUAUACAAAGGCUUUCAAGGCACAAACAAGAAAGCUUUUGACCGAUCAUCUGGUGCUUACAUCUUCCGCCCAGAUGGAGACAUUGAAAUACUAAACAACAAAGUUCAGCUUACCUUCUACAAUGGCAGCCGAGUCAAGGAAGUCCAUCAGCAGUGGAGCGAUUGGAUAUCCCAGGUGAUACGCAUCUACGAGGAUAUAAAUCGCGUAGAAUUCGAGUGGCUGGUGGGUCCAAUACCCGCCGACGACGAGGUUGGCAAGGAGAUAAUAACGCGCUUUACGAGCGAAAUAUCCUCAAAGGGAAAGUUCUACACCGAUUCCAAUGGUCGGGAGAUGCUUGAGCGUGAAAGAAACCAGCGGGAGGCCUUUGAUCCCGAUAUGUCAGAGGCCAUAAGUGGCAACUACUAUCCAGUCACCGCUCAAAUCUCCCUCCAAGACGACAAGAAGCGGAUCACUCUGUUGAACGACCGAUCGCAGGGCGGAGCUAGCCUGGCAGACGGGGAACUGGAGCUAAUGUUGCAUCGCCGCCUAUUAACCGAUGAUGGCUUUGGUGUGGGAGAAGCUCUCAAUGAGAAACAGUACGGAACUGGCCUGAUUGCCAGGGGAAAAGUCUAUCUAGUUCUUGAUUCUGCUGCGGCAAAUCCCAAGACAGCAGAACGUUUGCUCCAGCACGAAUUGAGUCUGCCCCUGUGGAAGUUCUUCAGUAAAUCCAACAAAGGUGUCUCAGUCAACCGACACAUGAUUCCCGACUUUACCGAUUUUCCCCGUUCGGUGGAUCUUCUUUCCCUGGAACAGCAGUCAAAGGAUGAAAUAUUAUUGCGAGUGGAGAACUUUAAUACCGAAGGAAACGUGGUUAGCUUUAACAUACUCGCUCUCUUUGAGUCUUUGAGCGGAGAUAAGAUUUGGGAGACGACUUUGGAUGGAAAUAUGAAUUUAAGCGAAGUGAAGAGAUUCAAGUUCACUCAAGAUUCUUCCGGAAACAUUCCUACUUCCGUGGAAUACUACAAUGCUCCACACAAGCCCCUGGAGGCGGAUUCCACCUCAGAUGCUUCAGAAUUCGUUGUAACCCUGGAAUCCAUGCAGAUUCGUACUUUUAUAAUCCAAAAAAAGGUCUAA